AUGCUUCCCCGCCUGAAGCAGCUCUGCCGCGAGAUCAUCGAGGCCUACAAGCCGUGGGUCAAGGAUGAAGGCAUACAAGAUCUGUUCUUGGACGCCUACAUUCGCGUAGGGCUCCGCCUCUGUCUUCGAUCUAGGGAUGGUCUGUACGCUACCGAGAGCGGCCGCUUGACAGCUGUAACCAAAGCUCGAAGAAACCAAAAGUACGACGACAAGGGCAACAGCGUACCGAACAUGAAGCGGUAA